UUUACAGAGUAAAACAAAAUUAUAAUGUCACGUGACGCUCCUACGUCACACGUAAACCCGGGGAAGAUGGCGGCCGCCGGAGGAGAGCCUUCUUCUCAAGUCCCGUCGGAUGAUUUAUUCCAAGCCUUUAUCUCAGAGGUGAAGCAGAUCGAGAAGAGAGACUCUGUGUUAACCUCCAAGCAGCAGAUUGAUAGACUGCUCAGGCCUGGCGCCUCCUACUUUAAUCUCAACCCCUUCGAGGUGCUGCAGAUUGACCCAGAAGCAACAGAUGAUGAGCUGAAGAAAAGAUUUAGAGCGUUGUCCAUUUUGGUCCAUCCAGAUAAAAAUCAGGAUGAUCCUGAGAGAGCACAGAAAGCCUUUGAAGCUGUGGACAAGGCAUACAAACUCCUCCUGGAACCAGAGCAGAAGAAGAGAGCCCUAGAUGUGAUCCAUGCAGGAAAGGAAUAUGUGGAGCAUAUGGUAAAGGAGAAAAAGAAACAGUUGAAGAAGGAUGGGAAACUACUGGAUGUGGAGGAGGAUGACCCUGAAGUGUUCAGGCAAGCGGUGUACAAACAGACCAUGAAGCUGUUUGCAGAGCUUGAAAUCAAGAGGAAGGAAAGGGAAGCAAAGGACAUGCAUGAAAGGAAAAGGGCAAGGGAGGAAGAAAUCGAGGCAGCGGAGAAAGCAAAGCGAGAGAGAGAAUGGCAGAAAAACUUUGAGGAAACAAGAGAUGGGCGUGUGGACAGUUGGAGGACCUUCCAGGCCAAAGGCAAGAAAACCAAGGAGAAAAAGAACAGGUCCUUCCUCAAACCUCCGAAAGUCAAGAUGGAACAGAGAGAAUGACGCUGCAAAAUUGGACUUUAUUGAAACUCACUAUUGUAAAAACCCCUGUUCUGUGUAUCCUCACCUCAUCGUCCAGUCAGCCGUGUGUCCUGCAUCAUCGGGACACAUCCUCAUCCUGACCAAUGUAGUUUUGUACUUGGUUUUUCUAAUGUACAUAUUUGUGAUCCGGACCCAGAGAUCCCACCUGGCUCAUGUGAGAAAGGAAAAUGAUGCAUCUUCCAUUUCUGUAACCUUCGAGAAAAAUGUGGUUUGACAUUAUUUUUGUUCUUUUUUUUUUAAACUAAAUAAAGCUUGGACUUAACAGGCCUAUCGCACCAGUGUUCUGCAAAGCUGAGUGUAAAAUAUUCAGAAAAGUUGAGUCCAGGGUUUGGUGGGUGGAUGGUAUCUAUAAGGUUCGUGGCAUUUUUGUUAGAGAAUACCGUUAUGAUUAUUGAUCACUUCGCAAGAAAAUACUGCACAGAGCGAAAAAUGAUUCAGGGAUGUCAAUAGAAACAUUAACUUUGCAGUACAAAUGCAGGUUUUGCAUUUAGUGUUACAGCACGCUGUCCCUCAUAGAGAUGCAUGUCUGAAAUGUGUUCAUUAAAAUACUGUGAAUAAAAAA